AGCGGGGCAAUGCGCGGGGCCCCGGCGGCGGCCGGAGCGUGCGGGCACCGCCGGCCCUGAGGGCAGCUCGCCCUGCUCGGCUGCGGCCGCUGCCAUGAGCGGCCCCCCCAGCCCGCAGCCCCUCGGCGCCGGGGACGUGGGGCUGGACCUGCUGCGCUGCCCCUCCUGCCUCCUGCUCCUCUGGGAGCCGGUGACCGUGUCCUGCGGUCACUCCUUCUGCAAGCCGUGCCUCGGCGGGGCCGGGCUGUCCCGCUGCCCGCUGUGCCAGGAGCGGCUGGAGCUGCGGGGCGUCGGGGCGGCGAGGAGCAGCGUGGUGCUGUGCGGGCUCCUGGAGCGGUGCGUGGAGCGGGAGCGGCUCCUGGCCGGGCUGGCGGAGCGCGCCCGGGACCGCCUGGCCCGCGGGGACGCGCGGGAGGCGCUGAGGAUGGCGCAGAGAGGGGUCGAGCUGGCCCCAGACUCCAGCUCCCUGCGGCUGUGCCGGGCAGAGGCGUGUGUGGCACUGGGGCAAUAUCCACAGGCACUGGAGGACCUGGACACUGUGUGCAGGGCAGAGCCUGGAGAGCAUGAGGCCUUCUUCAGGAAAGGGAAGGUGCUUCUGGAGAUGGGACAGAGAGCUGAAGCCCUGCUGGUGUGGGAACAUUGCCUGACACUCAGUCCCCAUUUCCACCCUGCUCGGAGAGAGAUGGAGAAGAUCCUCCUGCAAGACAAUGCUCCUCAGCCUCUCACAGCUGCACACCAGGGUGAUGCUCUCCUGAGCUCAGCUGGUUCCCAGGUCAAUGGAGGGAGCCCUGUGCUGCCAUCAUCUUUCACACAAGCUCAGGAUCAGGAAGGAGAGGUGGCAGAUGGCAGAGGGGACGCUGUGUCUGAGCACAGCCAGGGGACAGACAGCCUUUCCCAGCUGGGACAACGGCAAGAACUGGAGAUUUCAGCAGAGAGUCAGAGCCAGGAGUUGGUAGAUAAUGGAGAGGAAACAGCAGCAGCAAAGUGUCCCCAGCUGUGCCUUGGGGAGCUGCUGAGCAUAUCUGACUUGGAGUGCUCCCUCUGCAUACGGAUGUUCUUUGAGCCAGUGACAACACCAUGUGGUCACACCUUCUGCAAGGAGUGCCUCGAACGCUGCCUGGACCACCGGCCCAACUGCCCCCUCUGCAAACAGAGCCUGAGAGAGUACCUGAAGGCUGGAAGGUAUAGCCCCACUGUGCUGCUGCAGGACAUCAUGCUGGCCACCUUCCCUGCACAGCUGGCUGAGCGCCAGGAGCUGCACCGGGCUGAGAUGGCAGAGCUCUCCAACCUGACCAAGAACAUCCCCAUCUUCGUAUGCACCAUGUCCUUCCCAGGCAUCGCCUGCCCUCUGCACGUCUUCGAGCCUCGCUACCGCCUCAUGAUCCGGCGGUGCCAGGAGACCGGCACGAGGAGGUUUGGCAUGUGCAUAUAUGAGAAUGGGAAAAGUUUUGCUGACUAUGGCUGCAUGCUGGAGAUCCAGCAGAUCGAGCUGCUGGCAGACGGGAGGUCCCUGGUGGACACCAUCGGCCGGCGGCGGUUCCGGGUGCUGAGCCGUGGGCACAGGGAUGGCUACCACACUGCCGACAUCGAGUACCUGGAGGACAGGAAGGUGGCUGGGGAGGAGCUGCAGGAGCUGCAGUGCCUGCACGAGAGCACCUACCGCCUGGCUCAGCGGUUCUGUGAGCACGGAGACCUGACCUCCAGGCACAUUGUGAUGCAGCACGGGCCACUGCCGGAGAAGGAAGAGGACAUCCAGGCUUCGGCGGAUGGCCCGACGUGGUGCUGGUGGCUCAUCUCCAUCCUGCCCCUCGACCCGUCCUACCAGCUGAACCUCUUCUCCUGCACGUCCCUGCGCGCCCGCCUCACGCAGCUGCAGCGCAUCCUGGCCGCCCUCCUGCAGCAGCCGCCUGCCCGGCCCCUGCUGCCCGAGCGCGGCCCCCGCGGCCGCGUCUGACCCCGCACCCGACCCCCGCCCCGGGGGGGUCUUUUGUGUCGCUUCAUGGGUUUGUGUGUGGUUUGACAGCCCCCCCCCUCCUCCUGAAGU